CAUCGUAUGUGUAUAUUUCGUUCUCUGUGCAUAUUACAUACUGUAUUCGUGAAGUUUUGUUUUCAUUUAUAGUUCCUGAGGUGUAACGUAGCGGAGAACGUUGACAUGCCGUUACAAGUUCACGAUGUUCAGCAAAAUGUGGUGGAGCCUAUGCAAGUUGAUACUCCUACAGAAGACAAUGACAAUUCAGAGGAAGAACCAUAUAUUGUGGAAAAUCCAACAGUGGACCUAGAAGUCUAUGCUAAUAGCUACACAGGUCUUGCCAAACUAUAUAGGCUUAUAUACAUAGCUGAUCAUUGUCCAAUAUUGAGGAUAGAAGCAUUAAAAAUGGCCAUCUCUUAUGUUAUGACAACAUACAAUGUAUCUCUUUAUGCAAUAUUACAUAAAAAGCUAGCACAAGCUGUGGGCACUCCAGGAUUACCAGAUGUUGCAGCACAGUCAACAUCUCAGGACAUGCUGACUGUGGAUUAUGCUUGGAUAGAAUCUAAGUCUAAAAAGGCUGCUCUGAAAUUAGAAAAAUUUGAUACAGACCUAAAGAACUACAGAAGUAAUUCAAUUAAAGAAAGCAUCAGAAGGGGCCACGACGAUUUAGGAGAUCAUUAUCUUGAUUGUGGGGAUCUUGUCCAUGCCUUAAAAUGUUACUCCAGAGCACGAGAUUAUUGCACCAGUGGGAAGCAUGUUGUCAAUAUGUGUUUAAAUGUUAUCAAAGUUUCUGUUUACUUGCAAAACUGGACUCAUGUGUUGAGUUAUGUUACAAAGGCUGAAAGUACACCAGAUUUCUCAGAUGUUCAUGGUAAAGAUAAUAAUCAGUCCAUAGUUACAAAGUUAAAAGUUGCAGCUGGUUUGGCAGAAUUGGCAGCAAGGAAAUAUAAAAUGGCUGCAAGACACUUUCUACAGGCAUCAUUAGAUCAUUGUGAUUGUCCAGAUUUAUUGUCUCCUGGAAAUGUAGCUUUAUAUGGAGGACUUUGUGCUUUGGCUACAUUUGAUAGGCAUGAAUUACAGAAACAAGUCAUUUUCAGCAGUUCCUUCAAAUUGUUCUUAGAAUUGGAACCACAAUUAAGAGAUAUCAUUUUCAAAUUUUAUGAAUCCAAGUAUGCAUCAUGUUUAAAAUUGUUGGAUGAAAUACAGGAUAAUAUAUUACUGGAUAUGUACAUAGCGCCACAUGUUAAUGUAUUGUAUACGCAAAUUCGAAAUAGAGCGUUAAUACAAUAUUUCAGCCCAUACUUGAGCGCGGACAUGAGACGAAUGGCAACUGCUUUUAAUAGAACAGUCUCAGAGUUAGAAGACGAGCUCAUGCAGUUAAUUCUGGAUGGUCAAAUUCAAGCUCGUAUAGAUUCACAUAAUAAGAUUUUGUAUGCAAAGGAUGUUGAUCAACGCAGUACAACGUUCGAAAAGUCUAUGAGCGUCGGUAAAGAUUAUCAGAGACGAACCCGUAUGUUAAUUUUAAGGGCUGCUAUGUUGAAACAGCAAAUACAUGUUAAGAGCCCUCAACGCGAUAGUACUCAAGGAGGAGAGAUGUCGGGUACGUGGAAAUAAUAAUUCAAUACUGAUAAGACAAUGAACUGUGACUUAUGCUAACCUUUUGGUUGAUAAAUACGUUUCUGCAAAUGUACUGCCAUGGUUAGUAAGAUACGAGAAAGUACUUCAAUACCAUAUUAAACUCAUUAUUAAUGUAUUUAAAAUGCUGAUAUCGAAAAUUAAUUUUUAAUAAAUAUUUCAUAAUAUGAAUGUAUAUAUCACAUUAUAUUAGAAACAGAAAGUUAGUAUUUUCAAAAUGAUGCUAAUAACAUGUAUGAACAAAUCUUUGAUAAUAUA